GUGUCACGUGCUAUGGCUUCACACUGGCAGGCUGUUCCCCUGGUUGCUUCUCCGUCAUAUCCAAACUCCAUUGCAUGGUCAAAUGAAAACUUGGUGGCUGUUGCUUCGGGACAUAUCGUCACUAUAGUUAAUCCUGCUUUGCUUGAUGGUCCUAGAGGAUUGAUUACUCUUUCACCCAACAAGCCAUUUCCAAUAGGCUUCGUAAGAAGAGAAGAUCUUUUGACUCCAUGUCUGAUGCCUACUUGCUUGUCACGUGACACUCGUCCAUGUGCUCGAUCCAUUUCAUGGUCCCAACCAGGGUUUGCUUCUAAUUCAGGAUGUUUGUUGGCUGUUUGCACUAGUGAAGGUCGUAUAAAGCUGUAUCGAGCACCGUUUUGUGAAUUUCGAGCUGAAUGGGUUGAGGUUGUUGAUAUAUCUGACUUGCUGUUUAAUUAUUUUGAAAGAACAAAUUUUGGGGAACAGAGUUUGCUUUCAACAUCGUUUGCUCAAAAAGAAACUAGCGCAAGCUCCAAAUCAAGCAAAAAAUGUGUCAUCGAGUCCCAAGAUUGUAGUUCUAGCAAAGAACCUACAUUCAAAAGAAAUGGGGUAAGCAGAAGAAGCAAGGGAAUCAAUCACCACAAAUCACUAGGAGAGGCACUGAACGAUGGCGCAAAUGGAGAGGACUCUCAUGAAGAUGGAUGGCAUGAUAGUGGCGAUGACCUUACAGCAUUAUCAGUUACUGAUAAACCUGUUGCCGCUAGUACAGAAUCUAUCAUUAGGCCUUGCUCCAUCAUCAAUCAAGUUUCUUCUGAGGAGGUUAUUGAGGUCAGCUCCAAUAAUGCCAUGGUGAGCAAACAGAUUUCUCCAAUACCUGAAGGCCUGCUUCCAGAAGGAAGGCAAAAUUAUGUCCCUAUGAUCACCCCAGAGCAGUAUGCUUCUCGUAGUGCUUUGUUAUCAGGCCUCGUUGUAGCUUGGUCACCAGUAUUGCAGUCAUCUCGAAUCCAGCCUGGCUUUUCCAACAGAUACUCUAUUCUUGCUGUUGGGGGGAAGUCUGGUAAAAUCUCUCUCUGGAAACUCUGUGAACCGGAAUGCUACACUAUUGAGCAUGGCAGAGUUUCUGUUGAUCCAAUGCUCGUUGGACUUAUCCAGGCUCAUAACGCAUGGAUCACUACAAUUAGUUGGGAAAUGCUUGCAGCACGCCUGAGAAUGUCCCAGUUGAUCUUGGCCACUGGAAGUUCGGAUGGAAGUGUGAAGAUAUGGUCAGCUGAUGUUGAAGACUUGGCCAGUUCUUCAGAGGCUAAUAAAAUUUCCUUUUCCUUAAUAAAUGAGUUGACAGUUGCCAUUCCUGCCCCAAUAUCAACAAUUUCACUGGUUGUGCCAAGACAUUCUCAAGAAAAUAUUGUCUUAGCAAUUGGGAAAGGAUCUGGAUCGCUUGAAGCAUGGAUAUGUAAUGUGUUUGGCAAAAAAAUUCACAGUGCUGGUGUCUAUGAUGCACAUGACCAAGUGGUGACAGGUCUAGCUUGGGCAUUUGGUGGUCGUUGCUUGUACAGUUGCAGCCAGGAUAAUUCAGUCCAGAGCUGGGUGUUGCAUGGAGACUAUCUUCAUAAAGUCACCUUCCCCUCAAAAUUUCCUGGGUUCAGAAACUCUACCAAUCUUUCACUAGUAUCUGAUCAAUGCUUUGGUCUUGCACUGUCCCCUGGAGGACUAAUGAUUGCUGUGGUUUGCAGUUUUGACGUAAAUCUUCUGCACCAAAUGUAUCAGGCAAGGACCCAGAAAGCAGUCAUAGAGUUUUUCUGGGCCGGUGGGCAGUCGUUGGAAAUUUCACCAGACAAUACUGGUGAAUCCACUUUGGCUUUAUCUGAGAGAGACCUGUCGUGUUGGGAAUCCAACAUUUUAUGGUCCCUACAGUAUUUUGAAGAUGCAGAAAAUCCACUGGUUCUAUGGGACAGUCUUGCAGCAUUACUAGAAUUUAACAAGUCCAGUCCAUCAUUUGUGGAAAAUCUACUCUUCAAAUGGAUCUCUGGUUGGUUUUCAUGCCAUCUUUCUGAUGAUUCCAUCGAUAAGAUCUUGCUUCAUGUUGUGAGCAUGCUUUCAGAGAUCAGUUCUCGCAAAAUUUUUCUUCUGAACAUUAUCUGUAGAAGAUUAAUGAUAAGCGAUGCCAAAGCUGACAUGCACAAUGGAGAACAGCUCAAAUCAAGUGAACCAAAAAAUGAAGGGAAGCUUGCUCCAUGGAGUAACUUGCUUGUCAACAACGAAUUGGAACUGCAACAAAGGGCUGUGUCAUUUACUUUCAGGGCUGUUCUUAAUCAUGCCUCUGAUUCAUCUGAUCCGUUUCAAGUUGGUAAAAAAUGGUUCCCCGUUGGAGUGGCACAAAUGGAGUGCUGGGUUCUCCUAAAUGCUGGGCUGGUGCACAAUCAGCUAAACAUUCUUGGAUCUGAACUUAGGGGUCUCGGAAGCAGGAUCAGUUCUAUCUGUGAAUAUGUAAAAGAGGAGAGUUGCAGCUUCUGCUCCACCCCUGUUCCAUUUGAAUCAGUGGAUGUUGCCUGGUGCGAGGGUCACAAGCUCGACUGCAGCGGUUCAAAAGAAAGGCAUAGGUUAUCGAGGUGUGCAGUUUCCAUGCGGCUCUGCUCCGUUGCAGCGCCAAUGUGGUUUUGCAUAUGUUGCCACAGGUCAGCCAUGGACACGAUGCCUCAAACUUUUUUUAUGAUGUCCGAGCCUCCUUCGGGCACGGAUGAUGAGAUGAAGCUCGACUUUUGCCGACCCCUGUGCCCGUUUUGUGGAAUUUUACUGCAGAGAUCCAUGCUAGAAUUCUUACUCUCUCCAUCCCCCUUGUAAAAAUUAUUUACAGAAACACAUUUAAUCUUUAUUUAGUUGUAACUUAUAAAUUCAAUCUCGUUCUGGUAUUUGUCU